AUGUCUAUUAACAUGGAUGCAAAGAAACGACCUGUCUCUGCCGCAACAGAAGACAAUGUAUCGACCACCGAAGGCCAGUUCGACCUGACCGACGCAGCCUAUCGUCGGAUGCCCGAUUCUCUACGGGUCCUCGAUGAGAACGAGAUGAAGGCACUGAACAGGAAAAUCGUCCGCAAGGUCGACCUCAUUGUGCUACCUACCAUCGGCAUCCUCUAUAUCCUGAACUACAUCGACCGGCAGAACUUGGCCGCAGCCAAGCUCCAAGGCAUCAUGGAAGAUCUCAACAUGGACACGCAGCAAUUUGCCACAGCCGUCUCAAUCCUCUUUGUCGGAUACCUUCCCUUCCAAAUCCCAAGCAACCUGAUCAUCACGAAAAUCGCACGUCCGGGAAUGUACAUAUGUGCCGCAGUCGCCAUCUGGGGUACCAUAUCAGCCGCAACGGCGGCAGUGAAGACCUACGGACAACUCCUUGCUGUUCGAGCAAUUCUGGGUGCCGCGGAGGCUGUCUUCUUUCCCGGUGCUAUCUACUAUCUCUCAGCAUGGUACACAAAGACAGAACUUGGAAAGCGUAUUGCAGGUCUAUACAUCGCCCAACAAGUCGGGAAUGCCUUCGGCGGUCUCUUCGCCGCGGCCAUCCUCCAACUGGACGGUGCGCACGGCAUCGCAGGCUGGCAAUGGCUUUUCAUCAUCGAAGGCAGCGCGACAGUCGGCAUUGGCGUCAUCUGCGCCUGCAUCAUGCCCGAAUUCCCGCACAACAGCCGCAUUCUCUCACAGCUAGAACGUGAUUUCGCCGUCUGGCGUAUCGAAUCCGAGUCCGGGGCAGCAGAGGCUUCAGAGGGUGAAAGUGUCCUCCGCGGCUUCGCAAAGGCCUUAUCAGACCCGAAGUUGGUCCUUCUCAUCUUAUGCAACAUGCUUUCUCAAACGCAGGGGUCUAUCGCGAAUUACUUUCCCACCCUCGUCGGUUCCCUGAACUUCAACAGCACGAUCAGCUUGCUCCUCACUGCACCACCCUACAUCCUCGCCGGCAUAGUCUAUUACUGGGUGAUGUUCUACUCGGACCGGAAAAACACCGUCUACCCCCUGAUCCUCAUUUGCAUUGCCAUCGCAAUUGUAAUGUACGUUAUCCUCAUGGCGACACUCAAUACCGGCGCGCGGUAUUUCUCCAUGAUGAUCCUACCCUUCUCCUCGGUUGGUCCCCAGCUCCUCCUUUACAAGACUAUCAAUCUGCAUCUUGCACGACCUGUCUCGAAACGUGCCGCUGCCUCAGCCCUGGUUAAUGCCAUUGGUGGUACUUCUAACAUCUGGGCUUCCUAUCUAUAUUACUCCUCUCCGCACUUCUAUGCAGCUUUUGGCACACUCAUGGGCUGUGCGUUCUUGUUUGCGAUUACUAUCACAGUCUACCGCUGGCUGAUAUUGCGUGAGAAUAAGCGACUUGACUCGGGUGAGCAGGAGCAGAUUGCGAAGGCUAUGAAGGGUGGUGUUACCGAGGAGAUGGUGCAGUUGAAUUGGCGAUACGAGAUGUACUGA